GGUCACGGUUCUUUUGAGACGUGGAAUUCUUGAUUAUGCUCUUUUUUUCCGCGAAAAUCUUUUCUCCUCGAGAAAAUAAAUUUCUACCUAUUCAAACGGACUACACCGACUCUGCAAAUUCUUCAGCCCUCGACACUUCUACACAACUUUUCUUCCCUCGCCUUGUCUCGUGUUUUUCUUUAUGUUCCCACGCCAAAUCCAAUCUUGAGCGUUCUUCACACGCGCCAUCUCUAUCUCUGUCGCCAAGUUAGUAACUGCAGUCAAAUCGUUCAGAAGGGAAGAAUAGAGAAAUUUGUAGACAAACAGAGGAGUGAAGUUUGAGAUUGGAAUAAAUUGCUGCUUCUUUUAGCUCUUUUGCUACUUGCUUCUUGCAACUAUGGAGCGUUAUGAGAUUAUCAAAGAUAUUGGGUCUGGGAAUUUUGGGGUCGCCAAGCUGGUUAGAGAUAGAUGGACUCACGAGCUCUUUGCCGUUAAGUUUAUUGAGAGAGGCUCAAAGAUUGAUGAACACGUCCAAAGGGAAAUCAUGAACCACAGAUCAUUGAAGCAUCCCAAUAUAGUUAGAUUCAAAGAGGUCCUGUUAACACCUACUCAUCUAGCCAUAGUCAUGGAGUAUGCUGCCGGAGGAGAACUCUUUGAGAGGAUAUGUAAUGCUGGUAGAUUCUGUGAAGAUGAGGCAAGGUUUUUCUUCCAGCAAUUGAUAUCAGGAGUUAGCUACUGCCAUUCAAUGCAAAUUUGUCACAGAGAUCUUAAGCUUGAAAAUACACUCCUAGAUGGCAGCACAGCACCUCGUGUCAAGAUAUGUGACUUUGGGUAUUCAAAGUCAUCUGUAUUUCAUUCUCAACCAAAAUCUACGGUAGGAACACCGGCUUACGUUGCCCCUGAGAUUCUCUCCAGAAAGGAAUAUGAUGGAAAAAUUGCAGACGUUUGGUCUUGUGGAGUUACCCUAUAUGUGAUGCUAGUUGGGGCAUAUCCCUUUGAAGAUCCUGAUGAUCCCAAAAACUUCAGGAAAACAAUUGGGAGAAUACUGAGUGUCCACUAUGCAAUUCCAGAUUAUGUCCAAGUCUCUAUAGAAUGCAGGCACCUGUUAUCUCGAAUAUUUGUGGCAAAUCCUGUAAAGAGAAUAACAAUUCCAGAGAUUAAAAAUCAUCCAUGGUUCUUAAAGAAUUUGCCCAUAGAGAUGACGGAAGGAGGCAGCUGGCAAAGCAACGAUGUCAAUAACCCAUCUCAAAGCAUUGGAGAAGUUGUGUCUAUAAUACAAGAGGCAAAAAAACCUGUUGAGAUGCCAAAGACUGGAGACAACUUUCUUGGAGGGAGCAUGGAUCUUGACGAUUUAGAUGCUGAUGUUGAUAACGAAGAUAUUGAGACAAGUGGCGAUUUCGUAUGCCCUUUGUGAACAAACUGAAUCCAAAAAGGAAAAUCAUACUUUAGUAUUGAGAUAUGGUUGAAAUGAUUAUGAUUUGUGUUGAUGGGUGAUUUUCCUUGUGUCUUCCUUUGUUUUGACACAUGGCAUGUCGAUCCUCAUACGUAAAUCUUUAACUAAUAUAAAAUUCUUGUAUGCAGUGUUGCUUAAUGUCGCUGAAUAUUUCUGGGAUGUUGCAUCAGCUGUGAUUUUAGAUAUGAUAAUAUUGAGAACUAUUGACGUGUA